AUGGCUUCGACCCUUUUCUCCAGAACUUUAUUGGUUGCUGGUCACCGCGUGAUUAAUCCCUCUCUAACUUCUGUUCUUCCGCAGAAGACCCGUCACUUCGCAACCAUUUUGAAUUUACGCUCCGCCUCUUAUUCAACUUAUAAGUCAGCUACGUACGUUGGUCGAGUCAUGGCUUCUACUGGAGUUGGGUCAAAAGCUGGUUACUCUACAUCAUCCGUAUCUACCAACGAACCUGUUGUCUCUGUUGAUUGGCUCCACUCUCAUCUUAGAGAUGCUGAUAUAAAGGUUUUGGAUGCUUCAUGGUACAUGCCACAUGAGCAAAGAAAUCCAAUCCAAGAGUAUCAGGUUGCUCAUAUUCCAGGUGCUCUCUUCUUUGAUUUGGAUGGACUAUCAGAUAGAAAAACAAAUUUACCACACAUGCUACCAUCUGAGGAAGCUUUUGCUGCUGGUCGCUCUGCUCUCGGAAUCGAGAACAAAGAUGGAGUGGUUGUGUAUGAUGGAAAGGGGAUCUUUAGUGCAGCUCGUGUAUGGUGGAUGUUUAGAGUCUUUGGACAUGACAAAGUAUGGGUACUUGAUGGAGGCCUACCGAGAUGGCGUGCUUCAGGUUAUGACGUUGAAUCUAGUGCUUCAAGUGAUGCCAUUUUGAAAGCCAGUGCAGCAAGUGAGGCUGUUGAGAAAAUUUAUCAAGGACAAACAAUUAGUCCAUUAACUUUUCAGACGAAGUUCCAGUCACAUCUUGUAUGGGGACUUGAUCAGGUCAAGGAAAACAUGAAGAAUAAGACCUAUCAGCACAUAGAUGCGCGUGCAAAAGCUAGAUUUGAUGGUAUUGCUCCAGAACCUCGUAAGGGGAUACCGAGUGGUCAUAUACCCGGUAGCAAGUGUAUCCCUUUCCCCGAAAUGUUUGAUUCCUCUCAAACGUUGUUACCAGCAGAGGAGCUUAAGAAACGGUUUGAACAAGAAGACAUCUCAGUGGACAGUCCAAUCAUGGCCUCAUGUGGAACCGGUGUAACAGCUUGUAUUUUGGCAUUGGGACUUCAUCGACUGGGAAAAACCGAUGUGCCAAUCUAUGAUGGGUCUUGGACUGAAUGGGCAACCGAACCAAACUUGCCCAUGGUGGGUUCUUCGUCAUGA